GUCAACGCCUUCCUCGUGUCACUCGUUCACCCCCAAAAACCAUCUCCUCUCUUCCCCUGCGGCAGCGGCAGCUCUGCUCUUCUCUCCUCCGCCAGCCACAGCCAGCCAGCCUGCCGCGUCGCCUACCCCCCCUCCGCCGCUUCCUGCCGGCUCCAAAGACCCUCGUCUGAGCACAGGAGGAGCAGAUUUGGUGUGGGAUUUGUCAAGCUUUUUGGCUGCUUGUGUGUCAUUCUGCGCAGUCGGAUUAAUUAGUGCGGGAAAAAUGGGACCAAGAGUUGUGUUUAUGUUCAUCAUUGCCGUUGUGCUUUUGGGUGGUGGUACAAGCUUGGCCUUUGAUAAUGCUGUUGGUGAAAAGAUUUCAAAUGAGGAAGCCUCCCUGACAAUGAAGGUAAAUCCAGAAUUGUGUCAACUUUGUGAGGAGUUUGCCACGGAAGCCCUCUUCUAUCUUAAUGAGAAUGAGACCCAGAUAGAAAUCAUUGCCACUCUUCACCAGGCUUGUUCAAAAUUUUCUUCUUUUGAGUUGGAGUGUACCAAGUUGGUGGAUUAUUAUGUUUCUCUUUUCUUCACAAAAGUUACUACUUUAAGCCCAGAGGAAUUUUGUGAAUCAGUAAGUCUUUGUAACAAAGUGGCAUUCAUUCGUCUCCCAAGACAUGAAGAUGCUUGCACCCUUUGCCAUGAGGUGGUUGAUGAGAUUCUUACUGAUCUCGAAGAUCCUGACAUGGAGCUUAAGAUAAUUGAGGUACUUCUGAAAGGAUGCAACAACGCAGAAAAUUUUGUACAGAAGUGCAAGAAGCUGAUCAUCCAAAAUGCGCCAAUCAUACUGGAACAUAUUAAGAAGUUUCUGAAGAAGAGGGAUUUCUGCAAUUCUAUCCACGUAUGUGGUGGCAAAACUAUCCCUGCUGGAGCCGGAGUCCUUGGUACCCUUUCUGCGUCCUGAAUUAUCCUGAACUAUGUACAGUUACACAUCAAAGUUUAAGGAUGUAUUGUAAAAAAGAUCUGCACGACCAAUGUAGAUUGUAUAUAUAACAUUCAUUUGCGUCUAGAAAAAUAAAAUAAACACUCCACUUUGUAAAGAAGCCCCUGGUGUUGUUGCUACAUGAUUUGUCCGUAGUACAUGAGGGAUAUGUAUAUUUAAUAAUUUAAACCCUAUUUCAGUAUAUGUAUGUAAUUAACCA